UGUCGGCCUCAAAAAAACAAUUAUUAUCGUUUUAUUUAAUUCCAUUCCGACAAUUUCCGCGCCUAAUUACGUUAUAUUACGUUUCGUUUUCCAAAUAACUCGCUCGACAGACCCCGCGCGCUCGACUUAUCGUUCAAUUUCAGGCGCAUGUUAGUAGAAAAUCCAGCAUGAGCGAAACCACCGAGACGAGCGAAGCGGUGUUGGAGGGCUCGUACGUGCCCUACACGAACUCCAGUCCAUUCCAAUACGCCUCGUACAACUUCGAAAACACCGCCCUGGAACUGGCCAGGGCGCAAUGGCCGAACUACGGCGAUCAGCACUACUUGAAAGGUUGCAAGUGGUCUCCGGACGGUACUUGCUUGCUCACUGUAGUCAGAGGGGCCGGUACGCACGUCAUGGAGCUGCCCAGCGAUUUGUAUUCCGGCGAGAGCAUCCGUACCAGCCGACCUAUUGUACCCCUACAACCUGCCGUUAGUGUUCCCGAGUCCGGGUUGAUAUACGAUUACUGCUGGUAUCCUGGUAUGAAUAGUAGUAACGCUGCAACCUGCUGCUGGUUAUCGAGCGGUCACAGCGGGCCCGUUCACUUGUGGGACGCCUUUUCGGGGGACUUGCGGUGCACGUACAGGGGCUACAAUAAUCAGGACGAGAUCGAGCCGGCGAUUAGUUGCGUGUUUUCGGCGGACGGUCAGAGCAUAUUCUGCGGUUACAAGAAGAACGUGAAGAUAUUCCAGACGGCUCGGCCGGGCAGGGAUUUCACGGAGUAUCCGGUACAGCAUCAGGUGUCUUGCAUAGUCGCCAGUCAGGCGCAGCCGGGCGUCGUAGCCGUAGGUACGUGGAAGAAUACGAUAGAUUUGGUGUCGCAAAGCGACGGAUCAUUUCGGCAUCUGUGCAAGUUGAGCGGCCACAAAGGCGGCAUUACGACGAUGGCCUUUUCCUUGGACGGUUUCCGUUUGUAUAGUGGCGCUCGUAAGGACAAGGAGAUCAUUUGUUGGGACUUACGUGUGCCCGGUAGACCGAUGUUUUGUGUACCUAGAGAAGUAAAUACCAAUCAAAAGAUCGCUAUAGAAAUAAGUUUAGACGGUAAAUGGUUGGUGUCUGGCGGGACUGAUGGUAAGGUUCAAGUGUGGGACGUCUCCGAGCAAACUUAUCCGACCGUUCAUAUGCAGAUGAGCUUGCACAGCGAUUGUUGCAACGGCGUCAGCCUGCAUCCCUUCAGGCCGAUUUUGGCCACCGCCUCCGGUCAACAUCAUACCUUGGAUCCUUUGCAUCAUACGAGGAACACGUCGCAGUACGAGAACGCUCUGUGCAUGUGGUGGAUCGGAGCCCAACAGGAGGACCCCGACCUGUUGACUGCUAUCAUCAAAGCGGCGUCGAAUUCCUGAUUUCGUUCUAUCUGUAUGUGUGUGUUCAAUUUUUUAAAUAAUUAAAGGGCGCGAGUAUUUUUUUAAUUUGUCUUACAUUUUUUUUUUAGGCUUGCCCGUUGAAAUAUAACCAUAGUGGAACGAGGCUGCCCUAUUCUUUCCACGCUACCGAACGGUCAGAGAGAGAUAAUUGAGCUGGGUCCAUGUUGUCU